CCGGUACCCAUAAGGAUGGCCUCAACUGGGAUCUUGGGCUCAUGUCACACUACAGCGAUGGAAACCACACCUACGUCGAGUCUGGUGUCUGAGGAAUUUGAAUGUGGAGUUUGCAGCAAGCAGCUGGAUAGACCCAAGCUGCUACCGUGUCUUCACAGCAUUUGCCAGGAGUGCCUGCAGUCUGAGAAGACAGACCCAGUUGCUGCUACCUGUCCUGUGUGCAGUGCCCCAAUGGACGAGGAUGUCACUAAGGCACGGGACAACACGUUCGCUGCAGACCUGCUGAGCAAGCUGCAGUUGCAGAAGAGGAUAAGAAUGGGGCUGGACAUCUGGUGCAGCCUGUGCCAGGCCUGUAAGGAUGAUAGGCCAGCCACCUCCCUAUGUUUUGAGUGUGACCGUUUCUUGUGCCUGAGGUGCUGCCAUUCUCACCAGCUGCUAACAGAAAGGUACGGACACCUGGUGAAGACUCUGGAUGAUCUGAAGGCACUUGGCUGUGAAGACUUUGUGACUUUUGCGAGGAAGGGGAAACAGACCACUUGUCCAGAUCACAAGGAACAGAAUGUGAGGUUUUUCUGCAAGACAUGUUCCAUGAGUAUUUGCUGCAAUUGCCUACUACUUUAUCACAUCUCUCCAGAACACUGUUACCAUGACAUUAAGCAGGAAGUCAUUUUGAAGAAGGAGGAGUUGAAACAAAUGGUGGAAGCAAUCCAAGAAAACCACAAUAAAUUCACUGAAGCCAACGCACAACUGAAAUGCCUGCAAGAAAGCCUGGACAUUAUGAAAAAUAAUACAGAAGCAUUAAUAAGGCAGAAGGCUUCUGCCACUAUUCAAGAGAUUAAUAGGCAAGGCGAUGCACUGCUGGAAGAGCUAGAGAGCGAGUGCAGUUCCGUGGUGAGGGGAUUGACCAACAGUCUGAACAAAACAGAACAAAUAAUUAAACGAUUGGGAGCAGGGAAAGUGCAGGCGGAAAACCUGCUGAAGUUUGGUAGCAGUGAGGAAAUGAUGAUGAUGUACAAUACAAUCAAGUCAGCACUGACAGCUAUUGUCGUUGAGACAUUAGAGGACAUAAGGAAGGAAGACACUUGGAUGGAGUUUGUAGAAUGCACAUCAGAAACGGAGAAUCUAUUGGGAACCCUGAUUACCAAAAAAGAACCAAGUGAAAGAGCUGAUGAUUCUGAAGUUGAGGAUGUGCUGCUGGACUCAUUUUCAAGUCAUGACCAGGACAGAUCUUCAACAGAAGAGAGCCCAGCUAACCUGAUCCGCCCAGCCAACUUCCUGAUCCGUCCAGGAGCUGAAGGGAUGCUCAGAGCAACCGCUAGCAGCACCGAUGAGUUUGAGUUUGAGAAUGUGAUGUCGCCAAACAGCUGUUCGCAAGGUCCACACCCAGGACAGAGUGACUCAAUGGACUUUCUCAGACUGCCAUUCACAAGUACGGCAGGACAACUGGAGGGGGCAGGAGAGGAAGAGGAGAGAUCUGAGCAGACUUUGAUUCCAGGUCCUGGCUGCAGUGCAUCAGUGUGUCCAAGUGGACGUUCUUUCCCAAGCAAAUUCAUGGAGAAGCACCAGAAAGUUCCAGACAAACAGCAGGGCAAACAGUUGUGGUCACCGAAGGAUGGAAAAGUGACAAGUGCCAAAAAACAGUGCCUGCACUCUGAACAUAAUUAUAGUGUGAAGUUUGCCUCUGACAGCCAACCUGAGCUUCUGGUCCAGAGCAACGUGGAAUGGACCAUGCUGAACACUUCCCCUGAAAUUGAUAAGGAUCCCUGGCAACUGCCAGCAGAAAAAAGAAUAAAACUAUCUUCUGAAAACAGUGACUACAACAGGGACCCCAAUGAGGACACAUUUUCUCAUCUGUCUGAAGUGCAGAAAGAGGCAUCUGCAGCUAGUGAGACCAUCAUGUCAUCUCCUCACUGCUUGGGGCCAAAUCUGUUGAAUCAGAGCAUUGGUGAUCGAUGUCGAGAUAACGCAGCACAAAUUCAUCUCAGUCAGGAAAUGGGGGGAAGUCCACUGGUGUUUUUCCAACUGCAGACCACAGGAAUGGGGAGUGGUGAUAUUAUUCAGCUGUCGGCAGUGAGUGGAGAGAAGACCUUCAACAAGUACAUCCUGCCCAGUGAAACUGUGUCAGCAGGAGCUGCCGAUGUUACGGGAAUACAGGUCAUGGAUGGAAUCUUGUACUUAAGAGAGGAACCUCAAACAACCUGCAGCAUCCAGGACGCCAUGACAGCGUUCCUUCAGUUCCUGCAGUCGCAGGGGAGGCCUCUGUUAGCAGGCCACAACAUUUGGAUCCGUGAUUGUCAAAUCAUUUACAAGGCAUGGGAGGAUCUCUUCAUGAAAGAUCAGUUUGCCAGGUGUGUGACUGGAUUCCUGGAUACCUUAUGGUUGGCCAGGUAUCUUGUCCCCAGGUCAAAGGUCAAGAACUAUAAACUUAAGAAUUUAGUCGCUGCAUGUGUUAGGGAGUUAUUUAUUUCCAAAGGGCCUCUGAGCAAUGUGAGGGCCAUGCAGGAGCUGUAUUCUGUUCUAAAUCCUACGCCGGGACCAAUUCAGAAGAGUCAGUUUACCCUGUCUCAACUCGAGUGCAGAAUAUCCCUGCAACCACUGUUUGAUCAGCAAAUGAUAUCCCGUCUGGUUGCUGAUAAUCUUGCUUUUGAGGGAAUCAGCCUGCAUGUCCUGCAGCUGACUCACACCAAUAACCCACAGUCUGGCCUGCAUGACCUGCUUCGUGCUUGUGUCAAUCUGGGCCUCUCCAAUCUGCUGCCGGUUGUGAAUAAAAUUCGGUUAUAUCUCGAGCAUCAGAAAGGGAAACGCAGAUUCUAUCGGAAUCUAAUGAGGAGUGUGAAGGUGGAAAAUGAGCUUAGAAAGUAUGGAAUAACACCUACAGCACAGAAUAAUCCCAAGGAAACUCUAGUCUUCUUUGACCUGGAAACCACUGGCCUAGGAAGAUAUUGCGAUAUAGUGCAGCUGUCGGCAGUGAGUGGUGAGAAGAUAUUCAACAAGUAUAUCGUGCCUAAAAAACCUAUGUCAAAGCGAGCUGAAAAAGUUACUGGAAUACAGGUCAUAGAUGGAAUUUUGUACCUGAAAGGAAAAUCUCAGACAACCUGCAGUCUCCAGGAUGCCAUGACAGCUUUCCUCAAGUUCCUGCAGUCACUGGACAGGCCUCUGUUAAUAGGUCACAAUAUCUGGAGAUUUGAUAGCCCAAUUAUUCUGAGAGCCUGGAAAAGGUUGUCCAUGAAAGAUCAAUUUGAUGGAUGUGUGACUGGAUUCCUGGAUACGUUAUGGCUGGCCAAGGAAGUUAUUCCCAGGUCAGAGGUCAGCAGCUAUCGUCAAUGUCAUCUAGUGCAAGCCAUUAUUGGGGAAGAUUAUGAAGCUCAUAAUGCUAUUGAAGAUGUAAAGAGCUUGCAGAAGCUGUACACUGCUCUUGAAUUUACUCCAGAGCAGAAGCAGAAAAAGAGCUCACUCAGUCUAUUGAAGCCAGAGGAUCGGGAGCGACUGGGGGCUCAGGAGCAGACAGAAGGUGGCGACUCCACCAACUUAGAAGAGUACAUGGUGUUGGUGAUUUGCUACAUUCACAAGUGUAUUGACGAUGUCACUGAGUCCAAGACCAUCACUUCUCAUCCCAACCAGAAGCCAUGGAUGACCACAAAGAAUCUGCAGCUCACAGAGAGCGGAGUGACAGAGACAGCACCAAGUGAUACCAACAGUGCUGUAUCCAGUGUUGAACAUUCCAAGGAGGAAUCCCAACCAGGGAACAUUGAGGACACCCUGGUGUUCUUUGACCUGGAAACCACCGGCUUAGAAAAACACUGUGACAUAGUGCAGCUGUCAGCAGUGAGUGGUGAGAAGAUCUUCAACAAGUACAUCCUGCCCAGCAAAUCCAUGUCAGAGGGAGCCACACGCAUUACUGGAAUACAGGUCAUGGAUGGAAUUUUGUACGUGAGAGGAGAACCUCAGAUUACCUGCAGUCUCCAGGAUGCCAUGACAGCUUUCCUCAAGUUCCUGCAGUCACUGGACAGGCCUCUGUUAAUAGGCCAUAACAUUUGGAAAUUUGAUGGUCCAAUUAUUCUGAGAGCCUGGGAAGAAUUGUCCAUGAAAGAUCAAUUUGCCGGAUGUGUGACUGGAUUCCUGGAUACCUUAUGGCUGGCCAGGGAAGUUAUUCCCAGGUCAGAGGUCAGCAGCUAUCAGCAACCUAACCUAGUGCAAAGCCUUCUUAAGAAAAGUUAUGAAGCUCAUAAUGCUAUUGAAGAUGUAAAGAGCUUGCAGGAGCUGUAUUCUUUUCUCAAAUUUACUCCAGAGCAGAAGCAACGAUGUCAGUUUUCUGUCUCUCAGCUUGAUUGCCGUGUCUCUCUACAGCCUCUCACCAAUCAGAAGAUAAUAUUCUUUCAGCUUGCUGAUAAACUUGCGAUGCAGGAAAUUAGUCUCGAAAAGCUGAAAUUAGCGCAUGAGCAAGAUGCUGAAAUGGGGCUAAAAAACCUGCUCCAUUCUUUGGGAGUUACCAGCCCAACUCACAUCAGAUUUUAUAAUUUUUUCAAAACAAUGAGUUAGCAAAAAGCACUUUUCCCAAUAUUCAAGACAUAAAUCAUUUAUUCAUCUCUUCUUAUUUGCUAAUUGUUGUAAUCUGCAUUUCUGUUUUUGUGGAUGUUACGGUAUGUAUGAAUCAAUAAAUAAUAUUCUUAAAUGA